AUGAGCAAGCAGCCUCAGGAAACCCAGCAUAUUUUCUCCUACAUAGCAGUUCUUAACCUUUGUGGUGCUGUGAACUUUUUUAGAUCUUCCAAAAUCAAUAAAUCAGUUUCAAAAGCGCCAUUUCCGCGAUGUUCAACAACGGUCCUUGGUGAAUUUUUUAACAGUUGGGUCUUGAAGUCCACUUUGAACUUCGUAAGAAAUGAAAAAGUAGUUAGAAAAGGAAGUAGAGAGUUCCAGAAAAAUGGUCCAGAAAAAGCAAAAGCAGAUUUAGCAACAGAGGAUUCAACACGAAUCAAGAAAUAUUGA